AUGCAGGUGACCCAGCGCAGAGAGAGAGGUCCUCGGGGCACAGGAGGUUUUCUGACCACGUUCCUCCUGAUGAUCUCCUGCUUUAGUCCAGUUUCCCUCUUGACCCCUCCUCCCGCGAGCUCAGCGCUGCAGUCUGCGUUCUCUGCCACGCGCAGCAGCAGUGUGACGGGCGGCCAGCAGAGGGCAGUGACGUUCGACAGACUCACGGUGAACAUCGGCGCCGACUUCAGCCCGGACACCGGCUUCUUCCGCUGCCGCAUCCCGGGAGCGUACUACUUCUCUUUCUCCGUGGGGAAAUUCCCGAAGAAAAUGCUGUCUGUGAUCCUGGUGAAGAACGGAGCGGAGGUGCAGGCCAUCGCCUACGACGAUUAUCGAAAGAAAGGCCGAAAGGUGCAGAGCCAAAGUGUGAUGGUGAUGCUGAAGGAGAUGGACACUGUGUGGCUGCGCAUUCAACAGAGCCCCCAGUACGCCUUAUACAGCAACGUGGGUCCGUACAUCACCUUCUCUGGGUACCUGGUCUAUCCUGAGGCCACCAUCAGCAACCACCUGCCCUCCUCCUCUGGGCUCUCCUCGCCACCCUGCCCCCCUCACACAGACCCUCAGAUGGGCCCCUGGAGCGGGCCGGAUCAGGGGCCCCGCUCGGCGUUCUCUGUGGCGCGCACCUCCUCCCUGCUGGGACAGAGGCGCCUGCAGGAGCUGAAGCCGGCGCUCACCUUUGACGUGGAGUACGUGAACAUAGGAGGACACUUUAACAGAAGCUCGGGCGUGUUCACCUGCUUCCACCCCGGGGCCUAUUUCUUCGCCUUCACCGUGGGGAAACACCCUCGGAAGGCGGUGUCCGUGAAGCUGAUGAGGGGCCAGGGGGACGUCCAGGCCAUGGUGUUUGACGAGGACACGUCCAAGCGGAGGGAGAUGCAGAGUCAGAGUCUGCUGCUGUCUCUGCACCGCGGGGACACGGUGUGGCUCUACAGUCAACAGGACGAGCGCUUCGCCGUCUACAGCAACCAGGGACGCUACACCACCUUCUCCGGCUUCCUGCUGUACCCCGAGCCCCAGAGGGCACACGUCACACACGACCCACACGACUCACACAGCGCAGGGGCCCAUAACACACACAGCACACACGGCUCACACGGCGCAGGGGCCCAUAACACACACAGCACACACGGCUCACACGGCGCAGGGGCCCAUAACACACACAGCACCACCGGGGCCCAUAACACACACAGCACACAUGGCUCACACGGCGCAGGGGCCCAUAACACACACAGCACCACCGGAGCCCAUAACACACACAGCACACACGGCACACACGACUCACAUGACUCACACAGCUCACACGGCGCAGGGGCCCAUAACACACACAGCACAUACAACACCGGGGUCCAUAACACAUACAGCACACACGCCAUGGUUAACGGACACACAGAGACGGACGGACGGACGCGGGACAAUGGGUGA